AUGUAUAAAGCCCAGUCCUCCUACUUCCCAUCUACUCCUACCACGAAGCAAUACCAGAACAAUGCAUUGGACCAGUUUUCUUCUGCCAGCACUGGCAGCCGCAGGCACAAUACAGCAAUGCAAAUCCUCACGGGCCAGGGCGAACUGACCACAACAGAACGAACAAACUACAUCAACGCAGUAUGGUGUCUACGCGGACUUCCAUCCCAGCUCCCAAAUGACCAAUACCCCGGUGUACGAGAUCGUAUGGACGACUUUGUAGCAACACACAUCAACAACACCCUGUACAUUCACAGCAACGGACUCCUCCUCCCCUGGCACCGACACUUUAUCUACCUCUACGAAAAGGCCCUGCAAGAUGAAUGCCACUACCAAGGCACUCUCCCAUACUGGAACUGGUCCCUCUUCACCACCAACCUAACCCUCAGCCCCGUCUUCGACGGCACCCCGACCUCCCUCUCCGGCAACGGCCUCCCAACAGCAAACAACACCUCCAACCUCUGCCCACACAACAUCCCCUGCCCAUCCCCCGGCACCGGCGGCGGCUGUCUCUACAACGGGCCCUUCACCAACUGGACCGCCCAUCUCGGCCCCUUCUCCAUCUCCCAAGUGCAACCCUACGGCUCUCUCCCCCCAAACACCUGGUCCUACAACCCGAGAUGCCUAACCCGAAACUUCACAACCGACUGGCUCACCUCCCUCAACACCCCCACCAACAUCACCUCCAUGCUCUCCGCCCCGGACCUAAAAUCCUUCCUCGCCCUAAUGAGCCCCAGCACACUCGGGUACGUAGGGGCCCACGAAGGCGGCCACGCCGCCGUGGGAGCAAACAUGCUCGAUACGUGGGCGUCAGCCCAAGACCCGGUGUUUUUUCUCCAUCAUGCGAUGGUUGAUCGGGUGUGGACGUUAUGGCAGGAGUUGGAUCCGGUGAGUCGAUUGGUGGCGGUGAAUGGGACGGGGAUUGUGCAUGAUCCGCCGGAUGCGGAGUUGGUGACGUUAAACACGGUGAUGGAUUUUGGGGUGUUGGAUGGGCCAAGGACCGUGUGGGAGGUUAUGGAUGUCAGGGGGGGGAGGUAUUGUUAUGGGUAUGAUUAA